UGUGAGAUUUUCGUGUUUGAACUUGGUAAAUAAUUGAACAACGUAUGCAAUGAACGAUUCUUCUGAUAUGGACAGCCUGCACAAGAUUAUGGGCUCAUCUGAUUCAAUGACGGAGUGCCGAAUGAACAUGGUCAACAACCAAUUUAUGUCCGAUAUUGUUCUAAUUGUCGGCAUAGGCAAGCAAAAGCAGCGAAUUUUUUGUCACAAAAUAUUUUUGAUAACCGCUUCAAAAUAUUUUGCCACCAUGUUCUCAAGUGGCUUCAAGGAGACCAGUAUGAAGGAAAUCACAUUGGAAGAUGCAGAUUCAACGUGCUUUUUAGAAAUUUUACGCUUCGUUUACUCUACCAGGAUGGAUAUUACGUUAGAAAACGUGCAGGAGAUAUGCAAUCUUUCUGAAAGGUUCUUGUUGCCGGAUGUUUUGGUACAUGCAUCCGAAUUCCUGUUGAAAACUGUUACUGAACAAAACGUGUUGCAGAUUCUGCAACUAAACCGUCUAUGCAAAUUCGAGAAUGUUGAUGCGCGUUGUUUGGAUAUAAUUACACGAAAUCCUAUGUUAUACUUUGAAGAGGAUAGUAUCACCUCACUCGAUAUCGAUUCAUUGGAACUAAUCUUUAAAGCGAGACGCAUUAACUGUUCGGAUUCUCAAUUAUUGGUAGUAUUAGAAAAAUGGAAGAAGUUUGGUAACGCCGAUCAAAUUCAAUCGAAAGCUAAAGCAGAAACGAAAUUGAAAGCCAUUAUUGAGAAUACUCCUCGAUCAUUGAGAUGUAACACAUUGCAUUGUUUUGGAAGCAUAGCAGAUGAUGGACAUGAAAACUAUAUGAAAAGUAUGGGUUUCAGCAUCAAAUCGAAAAAUCCAAUAUUCUUGCUAGGUUUGGGAAUAUACUUAGAGUCGAAACACAGCAAAAUUUCGGUUUCUGCCAGAAUUGAUAUAUUUAAACUAUUCAACUUCGAACAUGAUGAACUUGUAACCGCAUCUGGCGAAUUGUCGACUGAGAAUUCAAACACAGCUAACAUACUUGAUGUGUUUUUACCUUGUACUAAAUUAUUACCACAGAAUUAUUACAAGAUUGGCUUGUCGGAGGAAGCGGUUUGCAUGAAGCAAGCAUCAUGUAGGCAUGAUAAAAUUAAAGUAGAAUUCAGUCAGGGUCGCAGUUUCUUGGCAUAUUUUCUGUACAUGGAUUGUAAUUAG